AUGAUGGAUAAUCAAGUGGCUCAACUCGCCGAGAGGGUGACCAAUCUAGCCAAUGAGAAGCUCCCGGGCCAACCUACUACCAACCCGGCUACCACCCAUCAUAUCAAAGUUAUCUCUCUUAGGUCCGGAAAGUCUUAUGAGGGGCCUAGGAGUGAUCAAUCGGAGCACAACAAGGAGGGUGAAGAGCAAGUGGUUGAAGAGGUCAAUGGAGAUAGCCAAGGUCAAAUAAUUGACAAUAGUGUUGAAGGAAUCAUUGAGAAGAAGAAGGGUGAAGGUAGUGAAAGAGCAAGGAAGUUGGGAAAGACAAGCAACCAUCAACAUCUUAUCAACCAUCAAGCCAUGACUCAAAUGCCACCCUAUGCAAAAUUCCUCAAGGAACUCCUCUCCAACAAAAAGAAGCUAAGUGAUGAGUGUAUCACUCUUCCUCAUCAAGUUAGUGCCCUAGUGCAAAGAACCUUGCCUACCAAGCAAUGUGAUCCGGGAAGCUUCACUCUUCCGGUCAAGAUUGGUGAUAUGGAGACCACGGGUGCACUAGCCGAUCUUGGGGCAAGUGUGAGCCUCAUGCCACUAUCCAUUGCAAAGAAGCUCAAGUUCGAGAUGAUACCUUCAAGAAAGGUGAUUCAAUUAGCCGACCGGUCCACAAAAUUCCCAUGCGGUGAGUUAGAAGACGUUCCUAUCAAGAUUGGGAAUUUGUUUGUGCCUUGCGAUUUUGUGGUGAUGGAUAUGGAGGAGGACCCUCAUACUCCUCUUAUCCUUGGAAGAGAGGCACUCAAGACCAUGGGAGCGGUCGUCAAUUGCAAAGAUAAUACCAUUACAUGUGAGGUGGCCAAUGAGAAGUACAAGUUUGAAUUCUCAAAGACUUUGAAGCAACCUAUGGUAGAGAAGAUUUGGCGGUGUGGACUUGGUGGACUCCGAACUUGA